AUGACUACCAACGAUAACAUUAACGACCACUACAAACCUUUAAAGGUAUUGAUAGCGUGUGGUGGAAUUGGAGGCCUCUCGGCAGCGAUCUUUCUGCGGCAAGCAGGACACAUUGUGGAGAUUUUUGAACAGUCUCGCCUCGCAUCUGAGACCGGUGCAGCAAUACACAUUCCCAGCAAUUUAAAUGGUCUGUUAAGAAGAUUUGGUAUGAUACCAGAGGAUCAUAGCGCAAAUCAGACAGAAGAUGUGAGAGGUCUAUCAAAGGCCUAUCCAUACCCUUGGCAAUUGAUAUAUCGAGUAGACAUUCAUGAUACACUAAAAGACAUUGCUACUUCUAAAAACGGUAUAGGAAUACCAGGAAUUCUGCAUACCCGAAGUAGGGUUGCGUCUGUUGAUGUUGAAUCUCCUUCUUUGACUUUGGAUGAUGGAUCUAAACACACGGGCGAUUUCAUAAUCGCUGCGGAUGGUAUUCAUUCAAAGAUCAGAUCUUUACUGCUGAAGAAUCUUCCACCCCCAAAGCCAUCUGGAACCAACGCUUUCAGAUUCUUAAUUCCAAUCGACGAGAUUCGAGCAGAUCCUAAGACAGCACAUUUUGUUGAGAAAUCUAGACAAAUGCUUCUACUUUACGGAAAAGAUCGAAAAAUAGUUGCGUAUCCAUGUAGAAACAAUACUUUAUUGAAUAUUGUGGCAAUGCAUCUGGAAGAAGAAAUGGAAGCUAGUUCAGAAGAAUGGAGUCAAAGUGCAUCCAAAGACUCCCUUUUGAGUUGUUACGCUUCGUAUACAGAUGAUGUUCAAGCCCUGCUAGUGAAAGUUUCCGCUGAAGAUAUCAAGCUAUGGAGUUUACUAGAUCACGAGGAAAUGGGGAGAGAGAAUUGGGUUCACGGGAAACAACGUUUGAAGCUUUACGUUCAAGCCAGAUAUGAUCGUGUUACACUCGUACAAGAUUUCACUCGCCAAGCUGCAUUUGAGACUGUUCGUGGAAAACAUGGAGGAAAAUUUAUAGAUCCCAUGCAAUUUAUGCAGACAAACCUAUCCCAUGACGCUUACGAUCAUGCUCAUGGAAUUUUGAUUCGGCAUCUGAACAAAAACGCUUUGUAUCGAAGAAUGCCAAUACUCCUUGAGCCUAGCCCAGGUCCAAGACAAGAUUUUAACGGAAGACAACGAAAGCUCUUGAAGGCGGCAUACAAAACAAGUCAUAUCACUUUCAAAGCAUACAAGAGCUAUCUAUUGACUCUUUCGCCGUCUGAUAAUCUCCAAAUUGGUACGGAGGGGUUAUAUGUUCAUGAUGUCGUACAUAAUAUUUCCUCGGACAGUCACUCUGGUGAUUCGGCUGACAUGAAAGGUGAUUUUUUGCCAGUUCUCUUCGAAAAUAUGGCCGAUCCAAUCAUCACUGGCCGAGAGGAAUUAGGGUUCUCGAAGGUAUUUGCAACAUUGGAUGAAAAUUCUAACUUGGAAUCGUCUCCGGUUUUACACUAUAAGGCCAUUCCGUCGAGUAUGAAGAAGGGAACAGAUGCGGAGUACGCGACAACUUAUCUUUCAAUACCGACAGUGGAAGGAGAGAGGAGAUGGAAGGCUGGGAAGGCGGAAAUUGUAUUCACGGAUCUGGAAAAUGGGAAACUAGAAAUGGCGUUCCCAACUCUAGCAAACAUAAUCAAGGGGUUGAGAGGUGUCAAAGUUGUGGAAAUCAUAAGAGCGGGGAUUCAAGCUUCAGAGUCUUAG